GUGAUGCAUGCCCAGUAUCAGACGCUGCGCAGUCUUCGGAAGGAGCUCCGUGCUCGAGGGGUUGACGAGUCGAAGUACAUUUCCGUCUUUGGCCUCAGGACCCAUGGGUGGCUAGAGGGCUUGGGCUACGCCACUGAGCAGAUCUACGUCCACUCGAAGGCCAUGGUGGUUGACGAUGAGGUGGCAAUUGUGGGCAGCUCCAACAUCAAUGACCGGUCCCUUCUCGGGAUGCGUGACUCUGAGGUCAAUGUCGUCAUUGAGGACACCGGUGGAUCCUUCAAGGGCCCUGGUGGCUUGCGAGGUGGUGCUGCUGCGAACCUUCGGAAGGCGCUGUUCGCGCAGCAUCUGGGUCUUGCAAGGGAGCAUCUUGAAGUGGUGUAUCCGGAUCCUUCCAGUGAGGCAUUCGUGGCUGAGAUGCAUCGAGUCGCCCAGGAGAACACACGGAUCUACGAGGAGCUGUUUGGUGCACUGCCCUCCAACUCCGUGGAUACCUGGGCAGAACUGGCGGAGCGACGGCGACAGGCUCCGGCAUCCCUGAAUGCCGACUUCAGCAGGAUACCCGACAACAAGAUUGCCGAAGACGCCUUGAAGGGGGUCCAGGGAUACCUGGUCCAGUUCCCCCUGGACUUCUUGGCAAAUGAG